AUGCCUGACGAUACCGCCUUACCUGGAUUCACUCCCCCGCCAAUCUCAUCCUGGAGUCAGGGGCGGCUUGGCGCCCUCAUAGAACAGCUCCUGAACCUCUCAAUGCCGGACCAGCAAUGGGACCGUAGCCGUCGAAGAGCGACAUUAAUCGAGAUGGACAGGCUUUUCCGCAUCGGACGCCCACUGCGCGAGAUUGAGGGCGCGCCUCCUACGCGAAACAAGGGCGACGCCGUCCUACUACCAGAAUGCCCCGUCAUCUCCGCGGCCAUGACUUCGCUAGGACAGUUCGGUAUCGCCUGCAUAAACCUACGCGAGAUUGUUGAGAGCGAUCAGUAUACGGCCAAGGCGUGGCAGCAUCUCGGUACCCACGUCCCCAGAGUCCUAGACUGGAUCACAUUUCUUCACCCGAUGAAUGGAAACGUGCUUCCAGCCGCCGACACCCAGGAUCACGCUGUGCUCUGCAGCUCCGUCAUAGUCGCUCUGAAGGGCGUGUGCACUCCUGCGCUCUUCGGCGGUGCUGACGAGAUGCGAGAAUAUCUUCUUGCCACCCCUACUCUUCUCCUCGUGGUCGAUUUCUGGGUCAACAUUUUCCGCUACACUCGCCAUUUUGGUCCGGAAGAUGCGACCGUGCUGUACUCACUCGAGACUUCCUUUCAAUUCGCAUUCGAAGGAAUCCUGCCGUCGGAGGGCGACGCGCGACUCAUGCCCAAUCUCUUCGCUCACACGUUGCAGACAAGGGUCGAUCUCGAUGUCCGUGGUCUCUACCGUACCAUCGCCCGCUACGCCGCGUUGGUCUCGACCGCCGACAACAUGCCACGCAGCGACAAAGCCCGACCCUACAAUUACCGCACUGGCGACAUCUAUAUACUCUGUGAGAGCUUUCUGGAUUAUCCUGGACUACAGCCGAUGGUGUGCCCGAGAGAGGUUGUACGGUCCUUGGUGCGAACCAUCAAAGAACAGUCCGACGAGCAUGUUUGGAGAGCGAGCGGGUCUGGCAUCGUAUAUUUAGCAGAUCUCUGGAGCCAUACGGGCGACAACAGAAUCAUAGCCUGGUCCUUCAACGACGGAUUUUUCGAUGCAUUCCUGCGCCACAUUGUAGACGCGCCUUCACACAUCGAGCGCGCGCUGCGAUUAGCGGGACAAACCCAUAUCGGCCGCUAUCUUGGCAGCAUACGACGCUCGGAUCGCCGUACAUCGGCGGGCUCGCGAGGAAUGGAAAGCUCGGAAGAGCCUGUGCUCGAACGAUCAGGCAUGUUCAAUUUCCUAGAAAACAUCAUACCGGCGGAUUUGUCGGCGAAGCAAGGGAUGCGAGCGUGUGCCUGCGGAGACGCUUGGUACUGCUCUGUUGCGUGUCAAACGAAGCAUUGGGCGGCGGGUCACUGCGAGGAGUGUCUGCCACCAGAUAUCAGAUCACUCUCACCGCGCGAUCAGCACUACAUUGCGCUGCUUGCGCAAACAUACGUGGACGAAAACAGAUCGUCCAUCGACGCGGACGUGCGCAAGGCGGGUACGGACGUAGCCAAGACCGACCUCGAAUGCAAAUAUUGCUUCUCCGUGGUCAUCGACCUGCGGCCACCGGUUAUUUCGCACAAGGUAUGGAAGGUCGAGGGGUCUGCCACCGACAGUGAGACUUCGGGGGCUGUCUACGCCUGCUGGAUAGAUCGAAGGAAGGCCAGGCAGGAGCGCGUUCAGGCGCUGGUGGGGUCCCGUGGUAUGGAUACACGUAUCAAUCUCUCCUAUACUCAGAGCCAGUUCCAGAUCCUCAUAGAGCAACUGCAUGUCCUCUCUCUGCCCGACCAGCAGACAGCGGACAAUCGCAGGAAGGCUACUGAAACGAUGAUCGAGAGGCCUCCCGCUGCGCGACAGAGCGGUGACCCCCUUCUACACCCGGACGAUCCUUCCAUCACUGGGGCGUGGGCGUCCCUUGGACAGUUCGGGACCCUCUGCAUCAACUUGCGGGAGUUCGUCUGCGACGAUAACACGGCAAAGCUGUGGCGGCAUAUAUUCUCUUAUGUCCCUGCCAUCUUAGCCUGGCUUGAGCUCCUGCAUCCCAUGAACGGACACCUAGUCCCGCUCACGGACAGUCCGAACGACUUGUUGUACUGCAAUACCAUCAUCACAGUCCUGCAAGGUAUGGGCACAUGGUAUAUGUACGACAGCUUCGACAGCAUGAUGGCCUACAUCUGCUCGACACCCGUCAUCCUGUACGCCGUCGACUUGUGGGUCAACCUCGCCCGAUAUUCCAAGCAGCCGAACCCGACGCUCGUAUGGCUUUCCGUCCAACUCGUACACACAUUCGCCUUCUGCGGUGUACGGUAUCCCGAGCCCGACGCAAGGAUAUCUCACCGGAUCGGCCACAUCGUGCAAGAACGUCUACAUGGCGACUCGCGCGGCCUCUGUCGUACCAUUGCAGACCAUGCCGCUGUGGUGGCGAAUACGGAGGACAGCGAGACGACAGCAUACGUCUACCAACUCGGCAUUGGGCUCCUUAGGGACAUCCCUAAUCUCACACCAAGAGUCUGCUCGAGGGGUUCGGUCAAGACCGUUUUAAGCACCAUGCAGACGCAUCAAGCCAAGUGCGACUGGCGAGCCCUCGGAGCGGCCUUCACCUACCUGUUGUAUCUCUGGGAGCACACUGUCGACUACAGGCCGAUCGAGUGGUCUCUUAACGACGGUGUUCUCGACGUCAUCUUGCGCACAAUAUCGGCGGGCCAUCCUGAGAUUGUCGCGGCGCCGUGUCGAGCGCUGCAGGCGGCUUUCAUGUGCUGGCGUGUGCUGCAUGCCUUCCAUCGCAUCGAGGCUGGUAGCAGGAAGAAGUUGCGCUUAUUCACGCGGCAAAGCCCCGAGAUGAACCUUCUUAUGGCGAGCUACGACACUCGGAUUACGGUCCAUCAGCGCGCCCGCGAAGAUUGGAGACUGCGGAAGAGUCGCUGCUCAUACCAACAUUGUCUCGCUCUGAAGGACUCGGCCGUGCAUCAGACGAUUCGGUCGUGCAUUUGCAGAGGCGCCUGGUAUUGCUCUGCCGAAUGCCAGAAGAAACAUUGGCGCGCGGAGCACCGCAAGCGCAUCGCCCAGGACGCGUUCACUGCCGAUUCGAAGCAACAACAUCGCUUCGCCCUCGUCGUCGAUAUGUGGAAACCAAAAUUGUCGCACGAAGUUACGAGGCUGGACAAGCUACCAUUGAUUGACGGCGUAUGGAAAGGUGUCCUGUUUGCGCUGUGGCUCGAUAGGGGGAGAAUCAGGAAGGAGCAGAUGGCGUCGACCGUAGAAUACACGAUCGAAUAG